AUGUUUCAGCGAUGGUCGUUUGCCCUGUGUCGACCUAUCGUUGCGGCAGCACAGGUAUCGCAACAGCAAGUGCCUCCAUCUGAGGAGCCACGGAACGAGUCAGGUGCCGCAAACCCUCCGCUGGUGAAGGAAGAGUUCCUUCGGCAGUUUCGCGAGCGUUUGGCGAAUGACAAGACGGGAAGAAAUUCAUUGGAGGGGUUUCUUGACCUUCCGGAGAAUCUUCCACCCACCGCCGCCUCAAUUGGACCACUGAAGCGAGGUAAGGAGCCUCUUCCUCCUUGGUUGAAACUCAAAGUUCCUAUGGGAGCAUCGAGGCAGCCGCGGUUUAACAAGAUACGGCGCAAUAUGCGUGAAAAACGUCUAGCUACUGUGUGUGAGGAGGCCAAGUGCCCAAACAUCGGUGAAUGUUGGGGAGGAGGUGAUGAGGAAGGGGACGGCACCGCCACUGCCACAAUCAUGGUGAUGGGGGCACAUUGUACAAGGGGCUGCCGCUUCUGUUCCGUAAUGACGAGUCGCACACCUCCACCACUAGACCCAGAGGAACCACGCAAAACUGCUGAUGCAGUCGCUGACAUGGGUGUGGAAUAUAUAGUUAUGACUAUGGUGGACCGUGAUGACUUGGCUGACGGUGGCGCUGCUCAUGUUGUGCGCUGCGUGACGGCCGUGAAGGAGAGGAAUCCCGGACUACUUCUUGAGGCACUUGUUGGGGACUUUCACGGAGACCUCAAGCUGGUUGAAAUGGUUGCUGGUUCACCUCUCAAUGUCUAUGCUCAUAACAUAGAGUGUGUCGAGCGAAUUACGCCAAACGUACGAGAUCGACGCGCUUCUUAUCGACAGUCCCUUAAGGUACUUGAGCACGUGAAUAAUUUCACUAAAGGAGCUAUGCUCACCAAGAGCAGUAUCAUGCUUGGGCUCGGGGAAAAGGAGGAGGAGGUGCGGCAAACCCUUCGUGACCUGCGGACGGCGGGCGUUUCUGCUGUGACCCUGGGCCAGUACCUCCAACCCUCACGGACGCGGCUAAAGGUCAGUCGCUACGCCCAUCCUAAGGAGUUUGAGAUGUGGGAAAAGGAAGCGUUGGAUAUGGGCUUUUUGUACUGUGCAUCGGGGCCCAUGGUACGGAGCUCCUACCGAGCUGGUGAAUAUUACAUUAAAAAUAUUUUGAAACAGCGGGAGACUGUCGAAGCUCCGUCAGUGUCAGAUGGAGGGAAUGAACCAAAGGAUUCCGAGUAG